AUGCUCUUUACGGGCAGACCAGACACAAGCCUUGUAUUUAUUGCUUCAGGAAGAAACGAGCCACAGCCUGACAAGCGAAGACACAUGGGCCAUGUUAUAGCAGUUGAACCACUGCGCAAAGCAUCCACCUCCCAUGAGCUUCGGCGCUACGAAUAUGAGAAGAUCAAUUUUAGGUUGAUCAAAUAUUGGAUGAAGUAUUGUGACAAGAAUCACCCGAAGAACUGCAAGCCAGAAAAGCUCGCUACAAUAUCAAACUUUAGAGUUAUUGAUUGCACGGAGCCGGAAUACAUCAACCGCGAGGAACCAGUGGUAAUACCUGCGCCGGCCGAUUGCAAAUACGCUGCAUUGUCAUAUGUCUGGGGGGAUACAGAAGAUAAGUUCCCCCAGGUCGUCAAGGACAGUAUCAAGAUGGUCUCUGAACUCAACUGUAAUUAUCUAUGGGUUGAUCGACAUUGCAUCAACCAGGACAAAAAGGACCCCAAUAAGCAGGAACAGAUACAAAAGAUGGAUGCGAUUUAUUCGCAAGCGCUUUUCACAAUCAUCGAUGCCGCUGGAAUAGACUGUAAUUCCGGCUUGGCUGGUGUAACUUACCCUCGCCAGUCUGAUGCAGUGCUGCGAUAUGCUCAAGUUAAUGGCAUAAAGCUCACCUACCUCGGUACACCUCCUGCCCAAAAGAUUGGGUCCAGUCGAUGGGGUUCUCGUGGUUGGACUUAUCAGGAAGGUAUUCUGUCGCACAGAAGAAUAUUUUUCACUGAUGAGCAAGUCAUGUUUCAGUGCAAUAAUAUGACCUGUAUCGAAUCGUUUGAGAUUCCCAUGAGUAUAUUGCACAGACUCGAUCAGCCAAAUAGAAGGAAGAUACCUUUCCUCAAUGAUACUGAGCCUGUUAUUUUGCCCGCCAACGAUAUUGGAAAGCAUUUAAUGGAGUUCAGCAACAGAAACCUCACGUAUGACAGCGAUACCCUGAACGCCUUCUUAGGGAUACUCAACGCCUUUGGCCGAGAUGAGAAAUAUUUUCAUUUGCACGGAAACCCGAUCCACAAAGACAAGGGUUAUUUGAUCAAUGCUUGGUACCAUGUGGAACCUGGAGCCAGAAAUUUCAAUUUCCCCAGCUGGUCUUGGACUGGUUGGAAGGGCGCAAUCAAGAUGACCAGCCGCAAUACCCGGAAUUAUGAACUUCGAUUGUUCCCCAAAAGUGAAUCUAGAGAUGGAUAUUCAAUUUCAGUCGAUGACUACAUGACGGAGUGCACUACAAACCCUCUACUAGAAAUGCAACCCGUCAUCGAACUGGAAGGAAUGAUGACAAAGGUGUCGUUUGAAACCAUCAAAUUAGGUUCAGAGAACAACAUUUCAAACAGAACAGUCACCGAAACGGGGAUGCAAGAUGGGCCUUGGGCUAUACUGCCCUUGACAACAGAUAUAACGUGCUACUCGUUCUUGUACCUCGAUAAUGAGGCGCUGACAGGAGUUUGUCAAUUCAAGCUUCCCGUCAUGGUGCUGGAGUCUGGGAAAAUGUCGCGGGAUCACAACGUUAUCAUGCUGGUUCUGAAGGAAAAGGGUGACCGUUUCGAACGAGUUGGUAUGAUCACGUUAAGGGGUGCAGUCAAGUCUACCAACGAAGCAUCGGCAAGGCCAACUAUGUAUCGAGACAAGAGUGGGAGAUGGAUGAAACGGGCACCAACAACUAUGCCUCAAGACACUAUCUGGCAGAAGGGACUCGAGAUGAGGACUAUCGUGUUGCAAUAG